AUGGUAGCAUUACAUAUAAUUGAGGUAAAACCUUUAUACAAUGAGAGGGAAACACAGUGAAGUUAAAUUUUGCACAGUGCAACCUCAGAAAUGUGUUACAUUAACAGUUUAUUAAUUCUAACACUUAUUUCCUACACCAAUGGCUUAAUCUACAUUAACAACAAUGGUAACACAGUACGUGUUCACGACACGGUAGGGACUCAGACCUAUAUAGUGGAAGAGAACCAACCAUUGAACAUAUACUUUGACGAUUUCACCGUAACUCAUGGGUGGUGUUACAAUAAUUAUCGACAUGAUUCUAAUUUAGAAAAAAUUCUACCGCCUGCUAUUAAUAAUUCGUGUGUAUAUGUUUCAAAUGUGACUAGAAUCAUGAGUACGUUGUGGGAAUGUGUGAUAUAUGUGGACAACCCUUCUAUGGGAAUGAUUCCCGUGAAUGAUACUCUGAAGAAUAAAGACGUUAAACGUAUUAAGUUAAAUUUACACGUGAAGGGUGCAAAAAGAGUACGAAUGAUAAUAAAUGACAAGCGCAUGGAGUUUACCUACAACAACAUAUCAAGUCACUACGAUGGCUUCGCAAACUACAUAUUUGUAGAAAACACAUCCAUUUAUGCGACAUGUUUGAACACAGAGAAACGGGGGAAAGUUCAACUAAUUUUUUCGCAAACAGGCAACAAAUCGAAAGCCGUAUAUGAUUCUACAUCUCUCAUGAUUAAUUUACAUUUGGGCUUGAAUAAUUCUUACUUGGACUGCGAGUAUAUAUCUGUGGAACCCUACGACAAAUACAUCUAUAGGGUCUAUUUUAUAACUGAAUAUACUCCGUCUAACAUAUAUCAGCUUUAUAAUAAUGAUGAUAUAUCAAGUAACCUCAUCAUAAUAAUUGGAUGUAUAUCUGUUCUUCUAUUAAUAAUCACUGUUGUGGGCAUAGUCUACAGUCGGAAAAUACUGCGAAGAUCAAAUAAUGCUGAGACGCCUUACAAUGGUCUUAAAGAAGAAAAUGAAAUGACUCCAAUACCUGAAUCGAUGAACGACUCAUGUUACAGUGAAAAUUCCACUAUACAACCAAAUUAUGACGUUCCGAAAACUUCAGACUAUUCUAUACCUUAUUACCAUCGCUACGAGGAAGUAAAUUAUUUGCAAUGCAAACCAAAACCGAGUGAACCUCAACAGCGAUCGAGCAAUAUUUAUAAUGUAGCUUAUGAUCAUGUUAGAAGAUGUCGCAGUGGGAAAUAGUUCCGUCAUUAAUAAACUACGUUUAUUUAUUAUAAUAUUGAUAAUUAUUAUAUAAGCUUAGUUUUAAGACCAAUGUCUGUAUUAAUGGUGGAAAAUAAAUAAAUUUUAAUAAAAAAAAAAAAAAA